AUGAAAACAAUUGAAAUUAAGGAGUAUAUUUUGUGGGUUGAUAGUGAUAAGCUUGAAAUUUCGUUUAAACCUUCGAAGAAAUCGAAAUUUGGUUUCAUUAAUGCAAUAGAAGUUAUUUCUGCUCCAAAAGACUUGAUUUCAGACAUUGCCCAGGUUAUUGAUUCUAAUGGGGUGGUUAAAAUUGAUGGAAUUUCUAAAAAUGCAUAUGAAACUAUGUUUAGGGUUAAUGUUGGAGGUGUUAAAGUGACCCCUUUUAAUGAUUCUUUGUGGAGAACAUGGGUUACUGAUGAUGGGUUUUUAGAAUCAAAUCAAGAGUCUAAGAAAGUUCAUUUUAGUGGUAGAAUUAAGUAUCGAAUGGGUGGAGCUAGCCGUGAGGUUGCUCCUGAUAAUGUUUAUAAUAGUGCAAGGGUUAUUAGUGCUUCGAAUUCUGGUGUUGCUAAGUAUGAAUUGACAUGGGGUUUCCCCAUUGUUGAUGGGUACAAGUAUCUAGUGAGGUUUCAUUUUUGUGAUAUUGCUAGUUCUGUGUUGCUGGGAUCAUUAUACUUCAAUGUGCGUGUUAAUGGGCGUAUGGCUAUUGAAGAUUUGGAUCUAUCGACGAUUACAAAUAGUUUAGCCUCCCCUUACUACGCUGAUUUCGUGGUCAGUGGAGAAAAUGGGGUUAUUACAGUUAGUAUAGGGCCUUCGAAUUCGAGCUCAUCUUCAGGGGUUGAUGCAUUACUCAAUGGUAUAGAAGUCUUUAAAAUGAGCAACUCAAUGGAUAGUCUUGAUGGAAUGGUAUCUGUUAGAUCAAUCAUGAAAGAAUGUAGGGGAAGAACUGGUGGUUUUCUAGUUCCCCUUGUUGCUGCUGUAGGGUUGUUGGUUGCUGCAUCUAUGGUCUUGCGUAAAAGAUUAAUGGGUGCGCGUGAUUCUGUGGCAUGGUCCCCAUUGCCCGUGGAUGUUUCUGAAGUUAGUUUAAAGUCGAGCUAUUAG